AUGGCCGCAAAUACACCCAGCACAAAACUUCACUUGGAAUCUAUUGACCGUAUUACUAGCAUACCCUUGGUUGAGACAAGCCUAAAACAAGCCGAAGUUUUAUAUGGAAAGGUCAAAUCAAGCAAUCGCCUGUUCAACUGGUACUUGGAAACAGCCGAAUAUACCAUUACAUCGGCCUAUGAAUCGGUAAAGCCAGCCGUAAAACUUUUCGAAACUCCGUUGAAACGUUUGGAUAACGUGGUUUGCAAAAGUUUAGAUAUUUUGGAACAACAUAUACCCCUGGUAUAUCUUCCACCGGAAAUGAUGUAUUGGAAUACCAAAGAAUAUAUGUCGGAUCAUUUGGUGAGACCGGUCCUCAAGCGAGCCGAUUCUGUUAAACAAAUUGGUAAUGCAGUCCUAGAAAGUCCCAUAACAACAUUUGCUGCUGAACGCUUGGAUGGCGCUUUGACGGUUGGUGAUAAAUUUGUUGAUAAAUAUUUAAUACCCAUUGACGGGGAGCAGGAUCAGACUGAUGCUCCAAAUGAGGAUGAUAACAGUGCUGAGACACAAAAUGAGAAGGGCGCCAUCAAGGCAAUACAUCAUGGUCAACGUUUCUCGCGUAAACUGAAGCGUCGUCUGACCCAAAGAACAUUGGCCGAAGCGAGGGCCUUGAAAAAGCAAAGCAAGGAAGCUAUACAUAUUUUAAUAUAUGCCGCUGAAUUGAUUGCCACAGAUCCCAAGAUGGCUUUGCAAAAAGCCAAAGAACUUUGGUCUUACUUAAGUCAAGAUGAGCCCGAAAACCAGGCUAGACCUGCUACAUUAGAACAGCUAAUUGUCUUGCUAACCAGGGAGUCAGCUCGACGUGUUGUCCAUAUGGUGAACUUUGGCGCAAAUGUCGCUGCCAAUAUACCAAAAACUGUAUCACACACUUCGACAGAGGUUGUUCAUCAUAUAAUUUAUAUCAAUAAUCGUUUAAUAAGCCUUACGAAAUUGGAUAAAGUACGUGAUUUAUCCAAAGAAGAAGCUCAAACCAUAAUAAAACGUAUGGUGGCUUUUUACGGUGAUUUGCAAUGUCUAACCAAUACUUAUUUGGAACGUCUCGCAACAUUUUUGUCGGGUCGCAUUGAAGCUGAAAAGGUUUCCGGAAACCGUACAGCCGUUAGUUCAACAUCCUCUGGUGUAUCGGCCAGAAGACGAUUGGAAGUUCAAGAGAACAAUACACCAUCGUCACAUAAUAAUAUAAAUGGCGUCUACUGAGACGCAGAGUUUUUUAUUGCAGUCGUAUUUUUAUGUCUAAUUAUCGAAUUUUAUUUUUGCAUUCAUAUUCGUUCUAAUUAAAAUAUUUAUAUAAA